AUCGUGCAUAGAAAGCCAUCCGAUCCAUUAGAAGGGCUUCUGGUGCUGUCAACUUGUCCAGCGGAGUACGUAUCUCAGGGCAGGUACACCCAGGAAUGGUGCAAUGCUCUGGACAUUUUGGGCAGCAGUUUCCUUUGGCCCAAGGAGGCAAAGCUAGUCGACUUUUUCAUGCACACUCACAAUGAGACCUUUACCUGGGAUGAGUCAGAGAAGGGGCAGUUUCAGGAGGAGUACUUCAACCUGGUCAUAAUUCCGAUGAUGGAACAUGUCCUGUAG